UUCAAGGGCACGGACACACACCACAAAUACACACAAUGGCAGAGGCACCGAAUAAGAGCAAGAAGAAAGCAGUGGUGGAGGAGAAGAAAGAACCGAAGAACAAGGCAAAGGGAUCGAAUGCCCAAAGCUCGAAGGGCAAGGAAGUGGAGGAGGACAACAGAGAUCUAAAGAGGACUAUCCAAGACCUGGAGGACAAGAUUAGCGCACAGAAUGUUAAAAUUAAAGACAACCAGACUCGCAUAGGGAAAGUGGCCAUGGAGAAAGAUAAUGUGGAAGAGGAUAUCACAGAGCAGAAGAAUAAGGAAACAGAGACGGGAAGAAAGAUUGAUAGGCUGGACAUGAGGAAAGGAAAGCUGGUGGAGAAGAUAGGGAAUCUGGACUUGCAGAAAGAAGAAGUGGUGAAGGAGAAAACAAAGCUGGGAAAGGGUAUCACAGAGCUGAAGAGGAAGGAACAAAAUACGGGAACACAGAUUGCAGAUCUGAAGAAGAAGGAAAAUACGCUGGUGGAGGAGAAAGGAAAGUUGGCGAAGGAGCUAGAUGAGAAAAAAACUAUGAGGAUUGAUAAUCUGGAGAGGAGGAACGAAGAGCUGGCCAAGGACAAUGAGGAACUGAAGAAGGACAACGAGAAGCUGGUGCGUAAAGAAAGAAAGACCAGAGAGGAGAAAAGGGAACUGAAAAACAGCUACGACACGCUGCAGGACAAGUACGAUGGGAGAUGCUGCAGCUCUUGCUCAAUUUGUUGACAGUCGGAGUACGGGCUGUUACUACGUGAUUUCAACAUAUGUACUCGUGAUGUUGCUGUGUACGCAACAUGGGUACCUGUCCCUUUUAAUUUUCCUCUAUGCAUGGCUAUGAGUUUCUUUCCAGGUGUUGUAAGCUCUUUCAAAAAUUGCAGUCUAGCACUUGAUUUAUGGAUCC